AUGCCGCCAAAGAAGUUUCUGAAGCCUAAGCCUAAGGGCAAAAUAAAGCCGCCAGACCCCGAGACUGAAAACGACUUCCUUGAGGCUGCGGACGAAUUCGAACAAGCGGCAGGGAAAUGGCGCGCAGGCGACGCCGCGAAGGCCGCUCGCUUCUUCAACCGAGCGAUAGACGCGUACAAUGAGGGCUUGAAGCGUCAUCCUCAGUCGUUCGACCUCGCCUACAACAAAGCGAACCUCCAAUACACCAUCUCCGAAGAUGAGCGCAUCAUCUCACAUUUUGGAAACAGGACUGCGCUCCUGGAGGAGACUUUGAUGUCGCAUCGCUUUGCUAUCUCACUGAAUCCAACAAACACCGACAUUCUCUUCAACGCUGCACAGGUGCUCACCUCACUAGCGGAAGCCGGUUUGGAAGCUAGCCCGCAAGCAGCCGGAAAGCACAAUGCAAGACCAUUGCUUGAGGAAGCGGUCGAAAUCUUCACGAAGUGUUUAGAGAGCCAACAACAAGAGUAUUCUCAGAUGCAGGCUGAAAUUGCCAAGAUCCAGGCCUCUGGAGAGUAUCAGGAAGCCUGGGAGGGUGAGCGACAGCAACCAGCAGAAACCCAAGAAGAAGACAUGGAGACCGAUUCAGGGGCUUCAGAGGCACCAGGCGACUGGGCCACUGUUGAAGAGCCGCUGACUCCAGAAAGCAUUUUGGAAACAUGCACGGCGCAGCUGAGUACUUUGACGACAUUGCUAGGACUAUACAAUUCCGCUACAGAUCUACCAAAUAUAGAGAAGAAGGCCCAAGAUGGAAUGGACACAGCGACAAACAAAGUACCGAUGCUUAUAGAUCUUGUCAACAAGUCACCAGCCCCGAAAGUUGUCGAUGAGCCUAAAGUAGGCCCAACACUCUCCAUAGGCUCUACGGCAGAAGAAGUUACAACAACACCCAAAGAUGAUGCCAUCAUCGCGGCUGCCAGUUUCCAGGCUAGCAUAGCGGAAGUGCAAUACCGUAGUGGCAGAACAACAACGACGGAAUAUGCAGAAACCGUAGAGCGGAUAUUCAGCAGCAUGGUACAAAGCGCGGGGCAACGCCCAAGUCCCGAUCUCGCAUCAAUCAAUGUUCAGUCUGCAUAUGCCGACGCCCUCAUGGACCUCGUUUCAGCACUUGCGGAUGGCACUCAAUAUACCCCAUCAGCACCAACAUUCAGCACGGACGUCGAUAUCCAAUGGACAGCUCUCACACAGACCCAAAACCUGCUCACCAAACUAUCUGCUGCGCCCUACACUUCUGUCCUAUCCCCAUCACGGCUGGCUGAUGUCUUCAUUGCAAGAGGUGAUACCGAUCUCUUCCGCUUCCGGAUCUCGCUCUUCGAGGGUGCAAAGCCUGCUUGGGCGAAGAGCGGACCAACUUUGGUCUCUAAUGCUGGCGUCUUCUACCGAGGGGGGAGAAGCUAUGCGGAGAAAGCUGGUGUGAUUGGAGUGCGGAGAACGGCAGAUGCCAAGGCGGUUGUAGCAGAGAUACUGAAGGCGGUGGCGAGUGGUUCGGAAAUAUCGAAAGAUACGUGGAAGGGAAGGACUGCAGAUGUCGCAAAGGUUUUGGAACAGAUGGUCGAGGAGGGUAUCGUAGGACAGGAGAAUGUUGAGGGCCUGCUGAAUUGGAUCUAG